AUGCAUUUUUAUUCAACAUUGGCGUACCUUGGGCUUUUUGCUUCGUCGGCCACAGCCACGGCCCUUGAAGCUCCUCCAGAUGUAGUGCGCCCACCGCCGUUCUUCGCUCUAGCCGGCGACUCGACCACGGCGCCGCAGUCGGUAAACGGAGGCGGCUGGGGCGCCGGCUUCCUCAAUACGACUCUGCAUGCCGGAGCGACAGGAAAGAAUUUUGGCCAUAACGGCGCGACGACGGUGUCGUUCCGCGAGGGAGGCGACUGGGCCAACGUUCUCGCAGCCGCAAAAGCCGCAACCAAAGAAUACGACACUUACGUAGUGUGUCAGUUUGGACACAACGACCAGAAGCCGGCCAAGAAUAUCUCGAUUGAACAGUACUCGGCCAACCUUGCCAGGUUUGUCCAGGAUAUACUGGACGUAUCGGCGUGGCCUAUCUUGGUGACUCCGCUCAGCAGACGCAAUUUCGACUCGGCUGGCCGCAUCAAAGAGGACCUGGCAGACAUGGCGGCUGCAACAUUAAAGGUGGCGAAGCAGAUUGGCGCGCAAUAUAUAGAUCUCAAUGCGGCGAGCACAAAGUACCUAAAUGCCAUUGGGCCUGAUAAAGCGCAUACGUACAACCUGUCGCCUUCGGACAAUACCCAUCUCAACGAUGGAGGAAGCAUUGUAUUUGGCAAUAUGGUGGCACUACUCAUGAAUGAGGGACUGAUACAGUUGAACACUCAUUAUGUGUCGCCCAUUAAAGAUAUUGCGGAUAAGCUAGAGAAGGACGAGUAUGUGUCUGCGUAUGUGUAG